AUGGAGGUGAAUACCUCUUCAAGAUACGACCUGCUUACGAACGCGUCCCACGUGACGAGCAUCCAGUCAUCAAAUCUCAAAAAGAUGGCCAUGUUCUCCGCCAUGCUGCUCCUGUCGCUCUCCUUCACGUUCCUGGUCUUGUACCUCAUGCUGAGGAACUACUCGCUGAGGGAGAAGCUCCGGUUCGUUCUGCUCGUCACCCUCCUCCUGAGCCAGGUCAUGUUUAACACGAUGCAAUGUUUAUUUUACCUCUUGGAGCUCCACCAAAUCCAGCUAUCCCGGCUCAUGUGCACGGUGUACUUCACAUUCCUCUCCCUAUCCUCCUUCAGCGAACUCUACAGCAUCGCGGCGAUGUCGGUCGAUAAGUACGUGGCGAUCUGCUGGGUGCUCAGGUACAACGAGAUAUGCUCCAUUGAGAGGUUCCUGAAGGUAGUCGCCAUCGUCGUCUUGAUGGCUUCCCUCUCGUCGCUCUUGCAACUUGUCUUUCGCCUGGCCACGCCGAUGAUCAGCGAGGAAGAUCCACCUGGUCAGUUCGCGUACUGCUCGAUUGACUCCCUCAACGCGAAGUCACCCAUCGUCAGGAGCAUCGUGAACUUCUUGAACGUCUUGCCGAUCCUGAUAUCCAUCGUGGUCCUGUCCGUGUGCUACUGCCUCAUCUCCCGCGAAGGGAAGCGUAACGGGAGCAUUCGUGUCGCGAGCAAGCGUGCCCGCUACACGGUGAUGUUCCACUCCCUGCAGGUGUCCUUUUACGUCCUACCGAUAUUUCUGUACUAUGUGGAGAAGGUCUAUUUCACCAUUGCAGAGGGUACCGUGGAGCAGCUGUUAAUACUCAAGACAAUUGUCUUCGGGGCCGCUCAGGGCUUGAGUCCCAUUGUGUAUGGAUUGAGGGCAGAUGAGCUAAGAGAGGCCUUAUUGCGAGUGCUAUCAAGAUGUGUGUACUACGACAACAAGGUGCACCGCAUGAACAAGUGGGACGGCAGGGGCCGUGUGCAGGAACGGGACCCCGAAUGGAAAUGA